UGCGCGUCUGGCUCCAUUUUCUGCGCCGUCCGCAGCGACACGGGCACGGCUGUGGGGUUUCGCGGCUCCUCUCGCGUUGCAGGCGUUUUUGUGCGUGCGAACCGUCUCGCUCACCGAGCCCGGACUUGGGUUGCCCGGCAGAUCCGCGGAGCGUGGGUGUAAGGCGCCGGCGUGCGGGCUUUGUUGGCGAAGCUGACCUCUUUGUUGGAGUGGAGCAUGGGAGCGCAGUUGUCCAAAGCGCCUGCGAAAGGCGAGACGGCGGCAGACAUACCCGGAGAGGCAGCCGCCUCGCCCUCCAAGGCCAACGGCCAGGAGAACGGCCAUGUAAAGGUGAAUGGUGACGCGUCUUCAGCGGCGGCGGAGGGGAAUGAGGAAGUUCAUGCCAACGGUAGUGCGGCACCUGACGAUCAGGGCGAGGCCACACCCACCGAGAAGGAGGGCGGGGCUGCCGAGAAGGAGGGCGGGGCUGCCGAGAAGGAGGGCGUAGACUCUCCAGCGACGGCUGAGGGUGAAGCGGCCACGCCCUCCACCAGCAACGAAACGCCCAAGAAGAAGAAGAAGCGGUUCUCCUUUAAGAAGUCUUUCAAACUGAGCGGGUUCUCCUUCAAAAAGACCAAGAAGGAGACAGGCGAUGGAGGAGAGGAGGCGCCGAAGGCAGAGGAAGGAGAGGCCAACGAGGAGGCCAAGGGAGGUGAGGAGGCCAAGCCGGCCGAGGAGGCCACACGCGCCACAGGUGAGGCGGUCGAGGAGGCCGCACCUGCCACAGGUGAGCCGGCCGAGGGGGCGGCAGCUAGCAGACCCGCGGAAGCUCAGCCAGCGGAGGAGGCCAAAACCAGCAGCCCUGUCCCAGAUGCCCCCAAAGAAGAGGAGAAACCGGCGGAGCCUGCCGCAGAGCCCAGCCCCAGCCAGCAGGAGGCGCCCAAACCAGAGGAAGAAGCACCUACCAGCCGGGAGCCAGAAUCCAGUCCAGCUACAACCACUGAGCCUGCAGCAGAGUAGCAUGCGUGCACGCGUGCGUGCGCACGCACACACACACACACACACACACACACACACACACACACACACACACGUACGUGUACCUACACACACACACAUGUACACACAACCUGAGAAAUUACAAAUCAGAAAAGGGAGACCAAAUAAAGAUGAAUUUCCCUGUUUGUAUGUUGGAGUGGUUCCAGGUUUAGAGGAUUUGGAGAACUUUGUCCGCCAGCAGGGACACUGUAAGGCUUUUUUUACUUUUUCUUUCUUCUCCCCUCCUCCACCCACAGGACUAUUCCAGGAGAGGUGAGAAGGGUGUGGUGAAAACGAGUAACGCAGAAAAUCAAUGUUCUACAUUUUGCCGUAUAUUUUUUGUAUCAGUAUUAUUAUUUUUUUUAAUACAAAACAGUAAAUUUGUCAAAUGCAUGGACGUAUGCCCAUGGGAUGAAGGAGGUGGGUGUAGCUGACAUGCAGAUGAAGGGGAGGGGCUGUGGGUGGGUGGGCAGGGCAAAGCUGGCACCAUCAUGCCACAGACUACGCUGUGGAGAGUAGUUGUAAAUGAGCACGAGGGACCAACUGCGAUCUACCUUGCAGAUUGCAACACUAAAGUCUGGGGUCUUUUAUGUUGUUUUUGGGGUGGGUUGUGUUUUUUUGUUUGUUUGUUUUUGUUUUUUACUCAGACAAUGAUCUCGAUGUCCCAGCACUCGGCUUUAGGCCGUUGUUUUAACAAUAGGAUCUCAGCUCUCCAGUCACUCAGACGGUGAGGAGCUCUACUGCCCUAACUCCUACUGGUUCUGUAAGUAUGUACAGGAGGGCAUUUUUAACUGUGAUUUACUGUAUAAAAUCAAAUCUUGAUCUCGGAGAAGCACAUGCAGCUCUACCACCACGCUCAUUUUUGUAAAGUAAAACCAUCCUGGAAGACCUUUGAAGUGAUUUUGAACUCAAGCUGUGACUAUUUCUACUGUGGUUUCUGAUUACUGCAGACGACCUUACCUGAACCCUAACCUUUAACCCUUAACCCUCUCUUUACCUUUUCUUUUUGUAAAUACUGGAGAAGCUUUUGACCAAUUUGACUUACAGAUGGAAUGUAACUUUGCUUACAAUAAUUUGCUAUUAAAACUUCUGCUCGAGGUGUUCGGAUUUCUGUGAGCACACUAAAAGCAAAAUAAAUGUGAAUGAAACUUCA